AUGACAGAAAAUAUUGAUAAAAAUGAUGAUGAUGUUGCAGUGAUCGGUAUUGGUUUAAGAUUUCCAAGUGGUAAUUUAAAAGAAUCUAUUUCGAAACCAAAUCAAUUAUUUAAUGAAUUAUUGAAUGGAUUGGAUGGAAUCGUUACAACAUCUGAAAGAUGGUCUGAUAAUUAUUACUUAAAUGGUGAAGUCGUUUCAAAGUUUGCUGGUUUACUUCCACUUGAUGAAUGGAAACAAUUCGAUCCAAUCUUCUUUGCCAUUAAUCCAAGUUAUGAUAAUGUCAGUUCAAUCGAUCCUCAACAAAGAUUAUUAUUAAAAUGUGUAUGGGAAGCAUUAGAAGAUAGUGGUAUUGAUCCAAUUAGUUUACGUGGGACUAAUACAAGUACAUUUAUCGGUAGUAGUACUAUUGAUUAUAAUGAUCUUCAAAAAUCACCAUUCGAAACUCAAAAUAAUAUUUUUGGUUCAACAACUCAUUCCAUUGCAAAUAGAAUUGGUUUUUCAUUUGAUUUUAGAGGUGAAAAUUUAACAAUUGAUACAGCUUGUUCAAGUUCAUCAAAUGCAAUUAAUUGUGGAUAUAAUUCAAUUAAAUCAAAUAAAUCAAAUGUUUCAAUUGUUGGUGGUGUUAAUUUUAUAUUAAAUCCAUACAUUUCAAAAUCAUUCACACAAUUAGAUAUGUUAAGUCCAACAGGUAAAUGUCAUACAUUUUCAUCGGAUGCUGAUGGUUUUGUUCGUUCAGAAGGUGUUGGUAUCGUUGUAUUAAAGAAGUUAAAAGACGCAAUCAAAGAUUCAAACAAUAUCUAUUGUGUAAUCAAAGGAUCAAGUUCAAAUAUCGAUGGUAACUUUGAUAAAUUAAACUUUUAUUCACCAUCAAAACUAUCUCAGUGUGAAAAUAUCAAAUUAGCAAUCAAAUCAACCAAUGGUCAAAUCAAUGAAUCAGAUAUUGAUUAUUGUGAAACUCAUGGUACUGGUACUCCAACUGGUGAUCCAAUAGAAUUAGAAGGUAUAUCAAGAGCUUUCAAUAAUAAAGCAUCAACAACAAAUAAUAAUAAACAAGUUUUAGUUGGGUCAUUUAAAUCAAAUAUUGGACAUACUGAAGCAUGUUCAGGAGUUGCAUCAUUAAUUAAAUGUUGUUUAAUGUUUAAAAACAAACUAUUUCUUCAAAAUAUUAAUUUCAAAGAACCAAAUCCAUUAAUAAAUUUUAAAGAAUGGGGAUUAAAAGUUGUAACUGAACCAAUUAAAUUUAAUGAAAAUAAACCAACUGUCAUGUUAAUUAAUAAUUUCGGUAUAACUGGUUCAAAUGUUUGUUUAAUAUUAUCUGAAUUUAGUGGUAAUAGUAAAAGUAAUGAUUAUCAAAAAAUGGAAAUUGAUAAUAAAUUUAAUGAAAAAAAGAAAUAUUUAAUACCACUCUCAAGUAAUUCAUCAACAUCAUUAAAUAAUUAUAAAUUAUCAAUAAUUAAACAUUUAAAUUCGAGGUCAUCUUCAUCAUCAACAACAACAAGUUUCGAAGAAUUUGUAUAUAAUCAAAUUAAAUUCAAAUCAACAUCAUUAAUUCAAAAAUCAGUUAUAAUCGCAAGUGAUUGGAAUGAAUUUCAAGAUGAAAAUAAUCAAAUUAAAUUAGAAAAUAGUGAUAAUUUAAUUUCAAAUAUUACAGUUGAAAAAAAGAAAUCUCCAAUCAUAGUAAUGGUAUUAUGUGGUCAAGGUUCACAAUAUAAUAAAAUGGCAUUAUCAUUAUAUGACAAUGAGCCAAUAUUUAGAGAAUAUGUAAAUAGAUUCGAUAAAGAGUUAUUCAAAUAUUAUGGUUACUCAGUUUUAGAUAAAUUAAGAUCAAUUGAAGAUAAAGAUUUAAUAUCAAUUCAUCAACCAAUUUUAGCACAACCUGCAACUGUUAUCAUUCAAGUAUCACUCUAUGAAUUAUAUAAACAUUGGGGUGUUUCAGCAGAUAUUAUCAUUGGUCAUUCUCUUGGUGAAAUCUCAUCAGCAUAUUGUUCAGGUAUGAUUGAUUUUCAAACAUUAUGUUACUUGACUUACCAUAGAUCAGUAGCUCAAAAUAGAACCACAGGUACAGGCAAAAUGUUAUCAGUUAAUAUUAGUUCAGAUGAAUUCAUUAAUAGCUAUCAAUCGACAACUAAAUAUGAAUCAUUAGAAAUUGCAUGUUACAAUUCACCAACAUCAAUCGUUAUCGCAGGUAAAGAAGACUUGUUGAAUGAAAUUAUCAAAGAUUUCAAAUCAAAUGAUAUCUUUUGUGCAAUGUUAGGAUCAUUAUCAUCAUUUCAUACAUCAAGUCAACAAAUGAUUAAAGAUGAAGUAUGUUCAUUAAAUAUUUCAUCGAAGCAACCAUCAAUAGCAAUAUUUUCAACAGUUACAACCAAUUUAUUCAAUCAUCAAAGCUCACCAUUCGAUGCAGAUUAUGUAUUUGAUAAUAUUCGCCAACCAGUUCGUUUCACACAAACAAUUACAAAUCUUUACAAAUAUGCCGAAUCAAAUGAUAUGGGUAAUGAAAUUACAUUCAUUGAAGUUUCACCACAUCCAACAUUACAAUUUUACUUAAACCAAAUGAACUCAACUCAAUCAAGUUACUUUAAUAGUGGUAAAAAUAUUACAAUCUAUUCACCAUUAAAUAAAAAGAAGAAUGAUUAUAAUGAAUUCUUAAAGACAAUCUCUUUAUUAUAUGUCAAUAAUAAUUUAAACAUUAAUUUCAAAUCACAAUUAAUCAAUAACAACAAUAACAAUAACAAUAAUAACUAUACAAACCUAUUUAAUAAUUUACCACUUUACCAAUGGGAUGACAAAGAAUACUUUAAAAUUACUUCUUUUCAUGAAAAGAUUAAAAGUGAAGGUCCAUCCAUUCAUAGUCUUGGUAAUAAUACAGAUUCACCAUAUCCAUCAUAUCAAACAUUUAUCGAUAUCAAGAAAUCACCAUUUCAAUGGUUAAAAGGUCAUCAAGUUAGUGAUAAAUUCUAUUAUCCAGGAAUGGGACAUGUUCACAAUUUAUUAUCAAUUUAUCCAAAUCAAGAUAUUACAAUUAGCUCAUUAGAAUUUAAAUCACCAUUAGUAUUAGCAGAAGGCAAUAGACAAUGUUUACAAACAUCAGUUACACCACUAUCAAAGAAUGAAUUCAAUAUUAAAAGUCAUUACAAAGAUCAAAAAACAAAUCAAUGGAUAUUAACAUCUCUUGGUAAUUUCAGUUUAUUCAAACAUAAUAUUAUUGAAAAUAAUCAACCAAUUAAUAUUCAAACAUUAAAAGAUAAAUGUAAUUUUACAAGCAUAUCAAAACAAGAUUUAUAUGAAACUAUUAGAAUUAAAACAAAUUUAACAUACAAAGGUUUAUUUCAAGGCGUAAAACAAUGUCAUAUCGGUAAUAAUUGUUCAUUAGCAAUAGUAUCAUUAAAUGAAAUUUAUAUUCAAAAAGAAUAUAAUCAUUUAAUAAACAAUAGCAAUAUGAAUACAUUAUUUAACACAGCAAUUUUAGAUACUUGUUUACAUGGAGUAUUGUGUGCAGUUACACAACCAGUCGUACUUGAUAGAAUUGAAGGUUUCAAUUUUUAUUCUUCAAAUAUUCCGUCAUCAUUAAAUUAUAGAAACAACAACAAUAAUAAUAAUAAUAUCAAUAAUAAUAAUAAUAAUAAUAAUAAUAGUAAUAAUACAAUUAACGAAUUUUAUGUUUACUCUGAAAUUAGAGCAAGAACCAAUUUUCAAACAUAUUCAGGAUCAAUUAAAAUCAUACUUCCAAAUGGUACAUUAUUAGUUGAUAUUGGGAAUGUAGUUUGCACUAUAGCUGCCUCCAAUCCUGAUAGUUCUCUAAUUUGUAAACCAAAUUAUAUCUAUACACCACACCUUCAAUCAAAAGAUUCAAUCAUUAAUAAACCCGAACAAUUCAAACAUUUACAUAGAGUCAAUGAAUUUAGUUUCAAAAAUGAAGAAAAUCUAUUCAUUUCAAAUAGGUUAUUAUUGUCAUUAUUUUAUAAACACAUUAAUAAUAGAUGUCCAAGUAUCAAUUUAGAAUCAUUAGAAACAUUAGAAUAUGAUCAAUUUAAACAAUUAUAUUACAAUAGUUUAGUAAAUGAAAAUCUUUUCAAAUUCAUUUUUGAAAUUUUAAAAAAAUACCAAAAUAUUCCAAAUAUCAAUAAUAAUAAUAAUAAUAAUAAUAAUAAUAAUAAUAAUAAUAAUAAUAAUAAUAAUAAUAAUAAUAAUAAUAAUAAUAAUAAUAAUAAUAAUAAUAAUAAUAAUAAUAAUAAUAAUAAUAAUAAUAAUAAUAAUAAUAAUAAUAAUAAUAAUAAUAAUAAUAAUAAUAAUAAUAAUAAUAAUGAAAAGUUAUAUAUUAAAACAACUAAAAUAAUGGCAAAACAAUUAUUUCCAUUAAAAGAUGAUGAUUCCAUUACAGAUACACCACAAUCAUUAUUUGAAAGUGGUUAUUUAGAUGUUUUUUAUAAGAAUUCAAUAGUAGUUCAACCAUUGAAUAGUUUAUUAAGUGAAAUUAUAGUUGAAACUCUAAAACCAAUUUUAAAUGAACCAAUUGUAUUUCGUAUAUUAGAAGCAGGUGGUGGUACUGGUAGUCUUAGUUUAUUAAUUUUAGAAAAGAUUUGUAAAUUAUUAAAUGAAAACAAUUCAACAACAUCAAUCAUUGAUAUUGAAUUUACAUGGAGUGAUAUAUCUGCAUCAUUUUUCGCUGAAAUUAAAGAAAAGUUCUCAUCAUUUACAAAUCACAAUAGUUUAAAUAUUAUCUAUCGUGUACUAGAUUUAGAUAAACCAUUAUUAGAUCAAGAUCUUAAAGCAUCCUAUUAUGAUUUCGUUGUAAUGUCAAAUGUUAUGCAUGUCGUUAAGAAACUCAAACCAACAUUAAAUGAAAUUCAUAAUAUAUUAGCACCAAAUGGUCAACUUUUAUUUGUAGAACCACCAUACAAAUCAUUUUUUAUUGAUUCAAUUUUUGGUUGUUUUUCACAAUGGUGGCCAUCCUCUGAUAGUGAUAUCGAAUUAAGACCUGAUAGAUGUUGUAUGAAACAAGAGAAAUGGAUUAACCUUUUAAAUCAAUGUAAUUAUAGAGAUACAAUAAUGUCUGGUAAUGAUAAUUUACUAUUUUUGGUUCAAACUAGGAAACCAACAAUUAAUGAAAUCAUUUCAGAACAAUCAAUAUCAUUGGAUCAAUUAAAAUCUUUCAAUAAUAUUAUUUUAUUUAGUAGUAAUAAUAAAAAUAAUAAAAAUGAUAGCUUUAGCAUUAUACAAAAUUUAAUAACAUUAAAUCAAGAAUUAAAACACAAAAUUAUUAAUAUUAAUAAUUAUAAUGAAUUUCAAUCUUGGAUUACAAAUAAUCAAAAUAUAGAUAAUAAAACAUUAAUAAUAUUUCUUAAAUCAAUUGAUUCAACAGUCAAUACUUCAAAUUUUAAAGAAACCACAUUUGAAUACAUUCAAAUUAACCAAUUAAUAUUAAAAUUAGAAUUAUCAAAUAAUUUCAAACAUUUAUUAUUAUCGUUGAAUUCAACCACCGAUAAUUAUUUAACAUCAUCAAUUGUUGGUGCUGCUCGUUAUUUCAUUGAAUUCCCACAACUAGAUUUAUUAACUUUAAAUUAUGAUAAUGUUUCAAUUGAAAAUAAUCAACAAUUAUUAUCAUUAAUCAAUUAUUUAAUCAAUUCAAAUAAUAAUAUUCAAAAAGAAUUUACAAUUAAUAAUAAUAUAGUAUACUAUGAAAGAUUUUGUAAAAGAUUAAAUAAUAUUAAAAGUAAAUUCCAAUCUAAAUCAUUUGAAACCAAUAAAGAUAAUUUAUAUAUUCAAUUAAAUUCAAAUUUAGAAUAUCAAUUAUAUAGUAAAAAAGAUGAAUUAAAUUCAAAUGAAGUAGAGAUAGAAAUUAAAGCAACUGGUAUAAAUUAUAAAGAUUAUUUAUUACAUAUCGGUAUGAUAGGUACAAAUUUAGAAAUUAAAUAUGGUAAAGAAAUUGAAAAUGGUAUUGGUUUUGAUAAUCCAAAAAUUGGUAAUGACUUUAGUGGUAUAAUUACAAGAUUAGGUUGUAAUGUAAAGGAAUUUAAAGUUGGUGAUCAAGUUUGUGGUUUCGGCUCAAAAACAAAUAGUUCACAUAUUAUUGUAGAUUCCGAUUCUAUUUAUUAUAAACCAUUAUAUUAUAGUCAUUCAGUUUCAGCUUCAAUUCCAUCUAUUUAUAUUACAUCAUUACAUAGUAUCUAUGGUAUUGGUAAUUUAAAAUCAAAUGAAUCAAUUUUAAUUCAUUCGGCAGCAGGUGGUGUUGGUCUAUCAUCUUUAGAUUUAUUAAAGAGUAAACAACAUCAAGGUUAUAUAUUUUUAACUGUAGGUUCAAAAGAUAAAGAAGAAUACUUAAUAAAUAAAUAUGGAUCAUUAAUUACUGCUAUCUAUUCAUCUCGUAAUAAAAAUUAUGUUUAUGAAAUUAAGAAUAAAUUAAUAGAAUUAGGUGAAGUUGAACAGCAUCAACAAGGUGUAGAUUUAAUAUUGAAUACAUUGUCAUCAGAGUUUAUGAGUCCAAAUUUCCAAUGUUUAAAUUUAUCAGGACGUAUCGUUGAUUUAAGUAUUACUCAUCUCACACCAAAUGAUUAUAUGACAAACAGUCAUUACAAAUUUAAUAUGGGUUACAAUAACGUAAAUGUCGAAGAUUUCCCUGGUAAAUUAAUUAAAAGCUAUUUAAAGAAAAUUAUCGAAAUGAUUAAUUCAAAUGAAUUAGAGUUAAGUGUACCAAUCAUUGAAUAUUCAAAUAAUCAAUUUAAAGAUGCAAUUGAAUAUAUAAAUCAAAGAAAACAUAUUGGUAAAAUCAUUGUUAAUCAUAGUCAAGAUGAGUUUAAUAGAGUUUAUAAUAAUUAUCAAAAUAAUAACAAUCAAAUCAUAAUGAAACAUUCAUAUGAUAUUUCAAAAUUAAAUAUUGGUAAAAAUAUUAUACUCACUGGUCAAACUGGUAUUGUUUUAGAAAUAUUAAAAUAUUUGGUUAAAUAUUCAAACCAUUCAAUUGAAAAUAUUAUAAUACUUUCAAAAUCAAAAUUAAAAUGGGAAUUAGAAUUAUUAAUCAAUCAAACCAAAUUUAAAAAAGAUAAUAUUAUUAAAUUCCAUUUCAAUCAGAUCGAUAUUGAAGAUUCAAAUAAAGUCAAUCAAGCAUUGAAUCAAUUAGAAUUAAAUGAAAAUAUUACAAACAUUGAUUCAAUUAUCCAUUUUGCAUUUAUGAAUGAUAUUGGUGAUGUUCAACAAGUUGAUAUGAAUCGUUUAAAUAAUGCACAUGGUGCUAAAACAAUUGGAGCAAUUAAUCUUCACAAUCAAUCAAUUAAUCGUUCAUGGAACAUCAAACAGUUUAUAAUGGCAUCAUCAGUGGCUUCAAUAGUUGGGUCAGAACAACAAUGUUGUUAUGUCAGUGCCUGUAAUGUUAUCGAUUCAUUAUCAAAGUAUAGACACUCAAUUGGACUACCAUCUUUAGCCAUUAAUUUAGGUACCAUAUCAUCAACUGGAUUCAUAACACGUAAUAAUACAAUUGAAACAAUGUUAAAGAGUUCAAUUUUAAAUUUUUUAUCACCUCAACUCGUUAUUAGUUCAUUAGAUCUAUUCAUUCAAAAUCAACAUCAAUAUCCAAAUUAUUGUAUGUCAGAUUUCAAAUUUAAAAUUAUACCAUCAACAAAUCAAUACUUUUCAAAAUUUGAUUUUGAAAUUAAUAUUGUUAAAAAAUCAAAUCAAAUCAAAUCUUUCUUUGGCGGUGAUGGUAAUAAUGAAAUUAUUCAUUCAACAAUUUUAAAUAAAAUCAGUGAAUUAUUAUCAAUUGAUAAAUCCAAAAUCAAUGAAGACCUCCAACUCACACAAUAUGGUACGGAUAGUUUAGUGAUUGUACAAUUAAAGAAUUUUAUCGAUAAUCAAUUAGGUCAUAAUAUUAUCACAAUUCAACAAUUACAAAACAAUAAAAUCAAUCAAUCAAUUGAAAUUAUUAAAUCUGCUCUUAACAAAAAUAAUAAUAUUUAUAAUAAUAAAAAAAAUAACAAUAACAAUUUAGUUAAAAAAGAACAACAAUCACUUGAUGAAUUUAUUAAAAAUGAAACUAAAUUAAAUGAAUCAAUCAUUUCAAGACCAUAUUCAAUUAAAAAAAUUUUAAAUAAUAAUAAUAAUAGUAAAUCAAUAUUCUUAACAGGUUCAACAGGAUUCUUAGGUGCUUAUUUAUUAAUGGAAUUAAUUAAAAUGAACAAUAUAUCAAAAAUUUAUUGUUUAAUAAGAAAUAAUUCAAAACUAACAAAUCCAAUCGAUGUAAUUAUAAAUAAUUUAAAGAAACAUCAAUUAAUAGAUAUGAAUAAAGAAUCACCAAAAAGAAAAACAAAAAUAAUCAAUCAUACAGGUAACAUAUCAAAUGAUAAAUUAAAUAGUAGUGAUAAUAGUAACAAUAAUAAUAAUCAAAUAAAUGAAGAUCAAUUAAUUAAAAUCAUCCCAAUGAUUGGUGAUAUCUCAAAAGACAAAUUUGGUUUAACUGAACAAGAUUAUUUAAAACUUUCAAAUGAAUGUGAUAUUAUUAUAAAUUCAGCAGCAGAUUUAAAUUUAAAAUCAAACUAUGAAGAAAGUAAAACUAUAAAUGUUAACAAUGUUAAUCAAGUUAUAAAAUUAUCAGUUUCAAAUAAUAGCUCACAAAAAUUAAUAGUUCAUUUUUCAUCACUUGCAGUAUUCAUUAAUCAUCCUUUUAAAGAUGAAGAGGAUUUUGAAGAAACAAAUAUAGUUCCAAAUUUUAAUUCUACACCAAUUGGGUAUAUUCAAUCUAAAGUUAUUUCAGAGAAAUUAUUAACAAAUGCAGCAGAAUCAAGAGGUAUACCAUCAAUCAUUAUUAGACCACCUGAUAUAUUCUCAAAUCCAAUAACAGGUAUAGGUCAUUCAAAUGAUUUUUUAUCACUUUUAAUCAAAGCUUCAAAAGAUAUUGGUUAUUAUCCAAAUAUUCAUAAAUCGAUUUUCUCAACUCCAGUCACAACCAUAGCUAAAACAACAAUUGAUUUAAUAUUCAAUGAAAACAGUUGGAAUCAAAAUAAAUCAAAACCAAUUUCAAUUUAUAAUUUUAAUGGUAAUUCAAUGGAAUUUAAAUCAUUUUAUAGGGUAUUGGAAAACAAUUUUAAAUGUAAAGAAAUUGAUUUCGAUGAAUGGAUUGAAUUAGUUUCAAAAUCAAAUGGAAAAUCAUCAAAAAGAUAUUCAACAUUCCACAUUCACAAAAAUCAAAAUUUAUUAUUAACAACUUUUACAAUUAAUAGUUUAUUUAAAAUGUCAAAUAGCACAAAAGAAUUAUUAAUUUCAAUUGGUUCAUAUAAUCAUCAAGAUUGGGAAAUUAAUGAAUCAAUGAUUUUAAAUGAUAUUAUUAACAAUCAUUAA